CAUGAAACAAUACUUACGCACACCUGCUGACGUCAUUGACCGGAGACGGUAGUUCUCUCAUAUUACUUCAACAUGGUGUAAAGCAAGAGGGAAGAAAUUUUCCAUGCAGAAAUGGUAUCCUAAUGACUGCACAUUUUUAUAGAUGUACGUGACAGAAGAUUGGCAUCUUCUAUGCCCUGAAAAACAUAACAUUUUAAUGAGUAGUUGCACUUGAGAAGACAGAAUGGCAGCCCCUCCUGUUAGUGGAGCAGGAUUAGCUCCUGGAGCUUUUCCUACCCAGCCUCCUCAAAUUGUCCAUGAAGUUAAUACUGCAUCCCUGUGUCGCAUUGGACAAGAAGCUGUUCAGGACAUUGUGACCAGAACUAUGGAGAUAUUUCAACUUUUGAGGAACAUGCAGCUGCCAAAUGGUGUAACCUAUCACACAGGAACACAUCAAGACAGAUUGGGAAAGCUACAAGAACACCUUCGACAGCUGUCUGUAUUAUUUAGAAAACUGAGGCUAGUAUAUGACAAGUGCAACGAGAACUGUGCUGGGCUUGAAAUGAUUCCAACAGAGCAGCUUAUUCCAUACUUUGAAGAGGAUGGCUCAAAGCAUGACAGUCGAAGUUCAUCCAGCCAGCUUUCCUUUGGCAGUGGAGAGAGAAGGGAAAUCAUGGAAGUUAACAUGAAACUCAAACAGAAGAAUCAACAGCUGAAACAAGUUAUGGACCAGCUUCGGAACCUUAUCUGGGAAAUCAAUGCUAUGCUGGCUAUGAGGAAUUGAAUUCCAGGACACAGCUGUGAGAACAUAGAAGCAUGCAGCCCAAACUUGUACACAACUUUCUCACUCUUGUGAUAUUUUUGUAUCAGAAAUUGCAUACCACACUGCUCUCAAAACGUCUCUUACUCAUUAUAUAGUGAACAGUUUUUGCAACUGAAUUUCCAUAAUAAUUUUUCUUUUUGAAUAAAAGUUGAAGUAGUCAUAUAUGUAUAUUUGAGUAACAGAUUUACAAGUGUUACGUUUUCUGUGAGUUAUAUAAACAUGUUAUAUAAACAUUUUGUAUUUGUUAACCAUUAGUCUGUUGGCAGCAUGUUUUUUUUCCUUUUCCCGUUAUAAUUUAGCUGGCACAUACAGGUGUUAUGGUUUGAAUUAUCUACUGCAGUUUCCUGGUAUUGCUUCAGUGGUUGAAUUGUGUUAAAGUAGUACUGACUUGUUUUUGCAUAGCCAGGCUAUGCAGUAUGCAUUAUAAUACGAACUGAUAGAAAUCAAAAGUAUUUAUUUCAUAUUUAUUUACAUGCAACAAUCUGACAGUCCACUUUAUGUACUCCUUGAUUGAGUUUUUGUUAGAAUAUUGUUUAGAAAGACAUCUCUGAAUGACUUCUUUUCUUUGGAGAUGUUUUACUCUCACUUCUUCUUUCAGCUUCUGGAUAUGAAAUCUCCACUUACUUAGGCAGCAUGUUUCUGCAUCUAUUGCUUGCUUAGGACCUCAUAAGCUUUACGUUGACUAAGACCAAAAAUGUUAGAGAAGGUGAUUUCUCUGCAUACCCAGAAAUGCUUAUAGUGCUGCUUUAUGAAUCAACAAAUAAAUGCAUAUUUUAAAGAAGA